GUUCUCUGCCACCCUCUGCAAGAGAAAUAGUGGAAGAGGCUCACGAAGAAAUACGGCAGCGAAGUCGGAGUGGCUCAUCUUGCAUGGGCGACGACAUUUUUUUCGAAAACGAAUUAUCGCGUGAAGACCAAGAACGAGAAGAAGGAGGAGAAAGACCGUCGAGGCAGAGGGGAAGGCUCGAAAGCCGCGAGUCAUGGCAAGAGAAGACAAAAAAGCCGGCUGUUGGGGGAACAAGAACGCCCGCUCCCACGAUUCAUGAACAUACCGCAGACUGCUCACCAGGAGGUGCUGCUUCAUCGUUUUCAUCUAGAAAGGAUUUUGAAAGUGUAGAUAUUUUAUCGGCGUUUUUUAGUCUUUUGCCCCCUCAAAUUCGGUAUCUUGACUUGGG